GUGUGUGUGUAUGUGUGUGUGUGUGUGUGUGUGUGUGUGUGUGUGUGUGUGUGUGUGUGUCUGAGUGUUUAUCAGGAAUAUGAACAUGUCAUCAUCGGGAGAUCAGAUACGCUAGUGUCAUGAGGAGAGCACGCCUCCAUCAUAACAGUGAGAGAAGGAGCGAGUGAGGAAACAGAGGGAGGGAGAAAGAAAGAGAGAGAGAGAGAGAGAGAGAGAGAGAGAGAGAGAGAAGGGAAAGGAAAUGAAAUGAAAUGAAAGGAGAAAAAAGAACAGCAGAACAGUAGAAUUGGAAAGAUUUCAGAUAUAGUGAGUGUGAUGGAUCCUCAGUAAGCUGCAGUUCCGGUUUAAGAGCGAGAGAGAGAGAAAGAGAGAGAGAAAUAGACAGAGAGAGAGAGAGAGAGAGAGAGAGAGAGAGAGAGAGAGAGAGAGAGAGAGAGAGAGAAUGAUAGAUAGAGGGCGGGAGUCUGUGUGAACAGGACCUUUGUGCAACUGUGUCUGUGCGUGUGUGUAUGUAGCUCGUGUGUCACUGCGAGAGGUCUUCUGUUCUGUCAGUGCUGCGACGCUAUUCUCUCUCUUUCGCACACGCAUACACUCGCGCUCUCAUUCACACACACACACACACACAUAUUUUGCCUGAUGCUCUGUUUAGCCAGUGGACUCCAGGAUGGAUGGUGCGCUUUGAGGACGGCGAGCGCCGACACGCACAUGCUCAACCUGCUACCUGCUGAUUCCGUUACACCAUAGGACAGUACACACACGCUUUUGCUCUCUCUUAUACACACACACACACACACACACAAAGACACAGACACAUAUUUUUUCAAGCCAUGGAUUCACUCUCCCCCGACAUGGAUGGACUUGAAAACAACUCCAUGAAGUACAGCAGGAACGAGCAGACGGAGAAAAUGUGGCUCCGGCUCAGGGGAAUGCAGAAGUACAAAACAACCUCUCAGAGGUUGAGAUGUCUAGUGAAGCAGCUGGAUAGGGGCGAGGUAAAUGUAGUGGAUCUCAGGAAGAACAUCGAAUAUGCCGCCUCGGUGCUGGAAGCCGUCUACAUCGAUGAAACCAGACGCCUGCUGGAUACAGAGGACGAGCUCAGCGAUAUCCAGGCGGACUCCGUGCCCAUGGAGGUGCGUGACUGGCUGGCGUCUACCUUCACCCGGAAGAUGGGCGUCGUGCGACGGCGGCCGGAGGAGAAGCCACGGUUUCGUAGCAUUGUCCAUGCCGUGCAGGCCGGAAUCUUUGUGGAAAGGAUGUACAGGAGGACGUCGAACAUGGCCGGCCUGACAUAUCCUCCAGCUGUGAUCCUCGCUCUUAAGGAUGUUGAUAAAUGGUCAUUCGAUGUCUUCACGCUUCACGAAGCGAGCAGCGAACACGCGCUGAAGUUCCUGGUCUAUGAGCUGCUCACCAGAUACGACCUGAUCAACCGCUUCAGGAUACCUGUGUCUUCUCUGGUGGCAUUUGUGGAGGCUUUGGAGGUGGGCUACAGCAAGCACAAAAAUCCAUACCACAACCUGAUUCAUGCUGCUGAUGUCACCCAGACUGCUCACUAUCUGAUGCUUCACACUGGCAUUAUGCACUGGCUCACCGAACUGGAAAUAUUGGCCAUGGUGUUUGCUGCUGCUAUUCACGACUUCGAACACACUGGGACGACCAACAACUUCCAUAUCCAAACCAGGUCAGAGGUGGCCAUCCUCUAUAACGACCGCUCGGUUUUAGAGAACCAUCAUGUGAGCGCCGCCUACAGACUCAUGCAGGAGGAUGAGAUGAAUAUCCUUAUCAACCUGUCGAAAGACGACUGGAGAGAGCUGCGCACACUGGUGAUCGAGAUGGUCAUGAGUACAGAUAUGUCCUGCCAUUUUCAGCAGAUUAAAACCAUGAGAAACUCACUGCAGCAGCCAGAGGGGAUAGACAAGCCCAAAGCUUUGUCUCUAAUGCUGCAUGCGGCGGACAUUAGCCACCCGGCUAAAGGCUGGAACUUGCACUACCGCUGGACUCAGGCUCUGAUGGAGGAGUUCUUCAGACAAGGUGAUAAAGAGGCAGAGUUGGGAUUGCCGUUUUCUCCACUGUGUGAUCGGAAGGCCACAAUGAUCGCUCAGUCCCAGAUAGGCUUCAUUGACUUCAUUGUGGAGCCGACGUUUUCUGUGCUUGUGGACACCACAGAGAAGAUCAUCUCUCCUCUCAUAGAGGAAGCUUUAAAGUCAGGCGGCGUCCGCAGGGCGAGUUUAACAGGACGAGGUUCAGCUGCCGUGGUCGAGUCGGUCCAGAGACACAGUGGGCCCAUUGAUUACUCGCUCGCGGGAAUCGACCUGAAGCGUGUCCGACACAUACUGUCUGAGAUCAUCCAGAGCAACAAAGAGCGCUGGAAGGAGCUGUCUGUUCAAGAACUGGCCAGUAAGGAGCGAGAGCAGCGCUCCGAGCGUGAAGAUUUGUCCCGGAAUGCUGACGUCACCCUGAUUCACAGCAGUCAUGAUUCUGAGUCGAAGUCCCUCAGUGAAGUGAACAACACUGACUCUCUUCACUCGUCCCAGGACUCUUUAGAGCAAAGUGCAGCAUCACACAGCGCUGACCCGACCGACGCCAGUCCCGGUGCCAGUCCCGACGCCACUCCCGACGCCAGCCCCGAUGCCGACCGGUCAUUACCGUGGAAUGGCAAAAGCGCCUAAACGGAAAAAACCCCGAGCUCCUACACUGUGUGUGUGUACUGUGGCAUAAACCUCAUAAUCCCGUAUGGGUGCUGUACAUAGCACUGUGGCCAUCAUAUCGUAACGCUACUGUGUCCUCUGCUCCUUCCUCGGGAAGGGGAGGGGUCAAGCUGACUGAUGUUUCCAUGACACCGAGCAUCACUAUGGGAGAUGCCGGGAUGCUGCGUUGUCAUGUUAAUUUGUUUCUUUGCAAGGAGACAGAGCUCAGAUGGAAGCUCUGGGCAUCCAGUAAAAUGCAACGCUGCCUCUUCACCUGCAAUUUUCUGUUUUAGAACUCCACUUUUGUAAAUCGGCUUCUGUUUCGUUUUUGUUUUCUAGUCAUUUGUAUUGGUAAUUUAUUAAAGAUUGCUCUGCUCCCCUUUAAGCCAUAAUCCGUUUCUUUUCUAUGCUUUUCCUUGAUGCUAUAGACUCUAUGGCACUGGCAAACACUGCAGGAAGAAACAGUAAAUGAAGACUUGCAUGAACCAUGUGACUCUUUACAUACAUACAGACGGGAACUUAAAACUUAAAGGAAAAAAAAUUGCUCUUGGGGGCAUUUAUUUAUUUCACCGACAUGGUUUGGCUUCAUGUGUCAUCUUAGAGCGAAGCAUCAGUGCAAAUCCAUAUAAACGUCCUCUACCUGAACAUAUCUAUGAUGUCAUCUAUGAUAUUAUCUUAUGAUGAAAAGUUUUUAUCCUGGUGGGCGUGGUCUCUUCCAGUAUGACUCCACCCCUUUCUCAGUGAAUGAGGAUGACAAUGAUAUUACUUCACACUCAACAGAUCUGGAUGCAGAUCUGUAUCUUAAGGCAGCUCUGUAGACAGACUGCCUCUAAGAUAAAGGCAGUCCUCUGAUUUAGAAGGUCAUUGUUCUGCUCUUUCCUGUAGCUGAUUUGAGGGCAACAUUGCAUUCCUUUGAGUGUAAUCAUCAUGCUGGGGACGUUUUGGAAGAAAUAGCAACUGAAUCUGAGAGGUUUGUUUAUUAAUAUAAACAAGUUGCUCCUUUUUCCACAGUGAACAGUUAUGAAUGCGUACAGUAGUUUUGUGUUUGUUGUUGGUAAUGUAACACAACUUCACAGCUACUUAUCUAGCUACGGUGUUCAGCAGGUGCCAUUUUGCACCGUAAUGGACGUUUUUUUCCCAUAUAAGGCAAUGGUGUCAAACUCAAAUGUUAGUCCAUUGUCCAGUCUGCUGGAGCAAAGUAAAAAAAAAUAUUUUUUUUUUUGCGACUGGUUAGACAUCGACGUUUCAAAAAUAUGUUCAGAUAUUUGCAUUUAUAUGGAAAAAAAAACUUCAUAAAGUAUUCACCCCCUCAACCCACAACCCCUUUAAAUUUCACACAUUUUGAGAGAGAUAGAGAUAAUAGAGAAGUGAUGGCAGUAUAGUUCAAUAUAGUUUAGAAAAUUAUACACUGAUAAAAUUCGUAAAAGUUGGGAUUGCGUAAGAGUGAAAAUUCUUUUGGAACCUUAAGUAAGUUUGAGUUUUGCUCGAUAUUGCCCCCUAGUGGAAUAGCAGAGACUAGGUCUUAAGUCCACAAGUUGAAUUUACUUCAGGACAGCGGUGUCCAUUCUUAUCUGGUUAAAAUAACGUGGGUGUGGUGUCAGGUUUUCAUUUCCAACCAAUCAGAAGCAUGACAUGAGUUUAUUGAACACCUGAUUCAGGUUUAUUGAUCAACUGAUUAAACAGGUAGAAUCAUUAGAUGUGGCUCUUCUUGAUUGGAAUGAAAACCUGCACUCAUACCAGCCCUCUAUGGAUAAGAUCAGACACCCCUGAUCUACAAUAGAGUCUAACACACACACACACACACACACACACACACACAC